AUUUCAUCUCGACAGUAUUAUAUAAUAACAAAGCAAUUUUAGUUAGAUUUUCUAUUACUUUAACAAGUGAGCAUAAGGUUUUGAUAAAACCUAUUUCAGAUGAUGUCCUGAAAAGCAGACUCUGUAAAGUAAGCUCUGUGACACAUGGCUCUCAUGACAGGAAGGAGGUAUUGGUGAUUGCUGUCUGUGAUCUUGCCUCGUUGUCAUGGUGAGCAGCUGAAUGGGAACAUCUCGGAGCUUAUCCCAAUGAUGUCGCAGUUGCAGACAAGCCUGGAUCAUCACUCUGACGAUGCAUAUGAAAUGAUGAAGAAGACAGCAUGCAAGUCAACUGCCAACGGUCAUGGGAAGACAUCCAUUGAUACAAAGGCUUCUUGUGACUGGUUUCGGGGGCUGUUUGGAUUCUCGGUGGUCGACUUAUCAUCUCAGGAUCACAUCAUGCGCCUACUCUUUCGUCCAAUGGACCCAGCUGGUCUGGGCUUCACGAGAAUCAUUUUCGGUCUGCUGAUGCUGGUAGACCUGUGGCAAGAGAGAGGACUACACGAGGCACUGGAUGAAUAUGGAGAUACCAGUCUAUGUCGGUUUCCACUCUUCAACAUUUGGCCUGUUUUACCCCUACAAUGGAUAUACAUUGUCUACUUUAUAAUGUUCUUAGGUGAGGUGGGUAUAGUGCUGGGUCUGUUCUACCGCGUGAGUUGCCUGAUGUUUGUGGUGCCCUACUGGUACCUCUUUCUACUGGACAAGACCUCCUGGAACAACCACAGCUACCUGUAUGGCCUGUGUGGAAUCCUCCUGCUUGUUACUGACACCAACCAUGUCUGGUCAGUGGACGGUCUUCUGGAUAGCAAGAAGAGAAAUGCUCAUAUCCCACUGUGGAACUACGCAAUAUUUAGGUUCCAGAUAUUUGUCUUGUACUUUAUUGCCGGUCUGAAGAAGUUAGAUCCAGACUGGAUAUUGGGGUAUUCCAUGCACUACAUUACUGGCCAUUGGGUUUUCUCACCAUUUAGGUUAUUUCUUACUGAUGGGCAAAUGAGCGUUUUCAUUAUUCAUCUUGGAGGUCUUUUUAUUGACCUUUUCAUUGGCUUCCUGUUAUUCUUCGAUCAGACGAGAAAGUAUGCCAUAUUUGUUGGAUCUUCAUUUCAUGGAAUGAACAGUCAACUGUUCAGUAUUGGUAUGUUUCCGUUUGUUUGCCUGAGUACUCUCCCUUUGUUUUGUGACCCGGGCUGGCCCCGGUUAGUCAUAGACCGGCUACCUGCUUGGAUGACGACGCUUUUCAAACAGGAGUCAAGUUGUACAACUAAUCCUCAUUGUCUCUAUCAUAAAGAACAUAUCAAACCAGAUGAAAAACAGCCAGGUGGACAGCUAGUUACUUCCUGUGAUCCCCCACCCCACACCAAGGCACAUGGUUACCACAAGGCAGCGGCCAUGUUCUGUGUUGCCUAUGUGUCCACUCAGUGUUUCUUGCCGUACUCACAUUUCAUUACACAGGGCUAUAACCACUGGGCCCAGGGUCUGUAUGGCUACUCCUGGGACAUGAUGGUCCACUCGUGGAAACUCCAGCAUAUCAAGAUCACCUACAUUGAUAAACUCACUCGAGAGGAGGGCUAUCUAAAUCCAAAGGUGUGGACACUGGGUGCCCGUUGGAGCUCCCAUGCAGACAUGAUCAAGCAGUACGCUGCCUGCGUGGAGGAGAGACUGGCCGGCUACAACGUAACAGACAUAGAGCUGCACAUGGACGUCUGGCGUGCACUCAAUGGACGCUUCCAGCAAAGGGCUGUGGACCCUCGUGUGGACCUGAUAGUAGCCCCAUGGAACCCUUUCCAGCUGACCCCUUGGUUGUUUCCCCUGCUGGUGGACCUUUCAGACUGGCGGGGGAAGUUAGUGGAAAUUGAGCGUGACAUAUUUCAGCAAGAUAGUGAUACUGACGUGGUGUUUGUGGCGGACUUUCCAGGCCUCUACUUGGAGAAUUAUGUGCAACCUGAGCUUGGGAACACCAGUGUGACAGUGCUGCAUGGUCGAGUGGUCGUGGAGCUGGUGGACCAGGCGCGCAACUACACGCUGCAGGUCGGGGAGAAAAUGCAGCUGCCACCCAAUGAGUUCCACAACAUCCACACGGUCUCCGAGUCCCCUUCCUGCUACAUGUACAUCUUCGUGAACACCACGGAGGUGGGCCUCAAGCACAUGGUAGACAAGUAUGAGCAGAUCAUGAACGGGACCUUUACAGGAACUGACAAAGAAGUCCAGCGUGUGAAACACGAGAUCGAGCUUGGCAAGCAUCGAGUGAAGUAUCAGCAGUUCAUGACAGAGCGUCAACGCACCCAGGAGGAGUUUACCAUGCCCGUGUCUCAGAGGUGGUCCCAGUUCUGGGGGGCCAAAUGGACCAUGUUUUAUGAAAGCUUUCGCAACAUGUUUGGUGCAGUGAAGUGCCUAGUCAUUGGCAAGCCUUUUGAAGAAUAUCUGAAUGACACCUACUCAGCUAGUACAGAGAAAAACAGACACAAAGAUGAAUUUUAGUUAUGUGUAGCCUUUCAGUGAUACUGAAGGGAUGUAUAGGUCCCUGAUAUUUGUCAUGAUUAAUAUUACAUUUUAAGAUGUGAUCAUGGAGACUUUUAUGCUGGUGUUUAGCUGUCAUUGUACUGGUCUAGUCAUGAAUGGUGUAGAAAGUUGGACAAUUGGUUGAUGAACUGUAGUAGUUUGUGUAUUUCUUUCUUUUAGUCAGUUUAAAAUAUGGCUUGCAUUUCAGAUGAAAUUAAUUGGUUGCUUUUGACAUUCCAAAAGUGACAGUUUUCUGAGAAGACAGAUUCUUUCUUGUUAAAUAUUUCACACUUGAAUGUCUUUUCUAUUAAGUCUUGUUUGUAUUGUCUUACUAAAUUAGUACUAUUAAGGUAAUGCUUAACAGUUAAUUGGCAGUACUAUUUUGCCUUUAAUAGUAUUUCGUUAUUAAACAGCAUGCUUAUAUAAUAUUAUGAAACUUUUGUAUUUUUAUAGUCUCAGCAAAUAUGCCCAUGAAACUUGUAAUAAUUGCUUGGUGCUCCAUGCUAACAGAACUUAGUAUUUUACAUGAGUUGUGACAUUUUAUUAUGUAUGGGUAUAACACAAAGUAGAUGUAAAAGGAAGUUUUGUGAGCUUUUAGCCUCUAGUCCCGUUAUGUGCAAUAAAAUAUUUUUGUGAAAAUA